CGUUGUUCAUAUAAUGUAUUACAGUGAGAACACCAGUAAUCAAAUCAUAUGGAUAGAACUCACAGGAUCUAAAGAUAUUCAAAUGAAUUUGAGCUGCAGCUCGUGGAUCUAUUCAGCUACAAUGAAUACAUCAUACAAACCGCAACCAUCACAAACAGGCACACCUGUGACACCGUCGUCAACAUACUCAAUGAACAUCACUGAGACAUUAACAGCUAAUUAUAACACUAUCUUCACGACAGCGUUCGCAAAUACAACAGCUACCGUUAUUAAGUCAUCACAGACGCCUACAUCAUCAGUGCCUACCUCUGUGGAAAAUACAACACCUACAGAAGUGACUACAAAUGACUCUGAGACCUAUUCUUCUGGUCAAAGUUCCAGCCGUGAAAAUGACCAACAGACCAUAGUAAUAUCCGUGGUCGUUGUGGCAGUGGCUUUGUUUGUUUCAGCUGUUGUGGCUGCUGUUGCUAUUGUUUAUAGAAAAAGAAGAAGAAAUGCCCUCAAGUCUAGAGAUAAUGUUACUUCUAAAAGAAAUAGCAAUGUUUAUAGUGAUACUGAUGAUGGUGCUGUAAAUAACUGUUAUUCCAAAGACGAUGUAAUUCAAUCACCUAAUAGAGAUCAAAUCAAGACAAAUGUACAGGUUGUGGUCAUAGCCAAUGAUCUGCCAGCAAGUAAACUAGACAACACUCCUCAGAAAAGCAACCGUCCACCUAUAAAUCCCAGAAAAUCUCGAGCGGCAUUCAGCAAUAAAGAAGCUGAAAACGAGGGAUCGGGGGACAUUUCUAGUGAGUUGGGUGAACACCCUGUAUUCCAAACAAACUCAAAUGAUAUAGAUACUAAAGUUAAUGCUAAACAUGUUACAACUCCUGAAAGCAGUUCGAAAUGUGUUCCUGAAGAAGAGAUGAAAGAUAAUUUUUAUAGCAUGGACUUUAUAGCAUGGAUAAUUUCCUUUAUAGCAUGGAUGAUACGGAAUUUCAAGAUACUCAAAUCUGAAGAAGAGAUUAAUUUCCAUAGAUUACUUUCAAAUUCUCAAAUCUGUGUUCCUGAAGAAGAGAUGAAAGACAAUUUCCUUUAUAGCAUGGACGAUACGGAAUUCCAAGAUUCUCAAAUCUGUGUUCCUGAAGAAGAGAUGAAAGAUAAUUUCCUUUAUAGCAUGGACGAUACGGAAUUCCAAGAUUCUCAAAAAUGUGUUCCUGAAGAAGAGAUGAAAGAUAAUUUCCUUUAUAGCAUGGAUGAUACGGAAUUUCAAGAUUCUCAAAUCUGUGUUCCUGAAGAAGAGAUGAAAGAUAAUUUCCUUUAUAGCAUGGAUGAUACGAAAUUCUAA